CACGAAGCAGUUUCGAAUUGGCCUGGCGAUGCUGCGCCAUGCUGCGCCGAUUCCAUGGGAAGAAGGCAAGUUUGAGAGGUGGAGAUGAAGGCGAGCCCUCCAAGUGUUCCACCGCCCCGUCACCUUCUUCAGCCGAAGAUCGCCGAAGCGGCCGAAGGGGCGGCCUUCCGUGCUCGGUGCAAGCACUUCGCACGAGACUUGCAGCUUGAUGAGAAGGAUAUGGAGAUACUCGAGAGGCUGAAUCCGGAGGUUGCGGACCUCAUCAUGUCCGAGCCGCCCACGGCAGAUCUCUAUGAGACACGUCAGCGUGCACGUGCGCGGCUCCGGGAUUCCACGAUGGAAGACUUCUUGGUGGAAAUCAAGGACCUUGAAGAUGAUUGUGACUUGGACCGCGAGACCUCCCUGCGGCUUCGAGCACUUCCACGCCAGGCCAUCCAGGAGAUUCUGCAACAGGAGCGGCAUUGGACUCCCGAGACGCAGCGGCAGCAGAUUCAAGAGCUGGUGGCGCGCUUCGAGCCGAAGGAUCCCACGUCUGUGCUUGCGGGGCCCACGUACGUGCCAAGACUUGCAUUCCCUGAGGGGCCUCGGCAGUCGGCCCAGUCCACAAAGAAAGAGGAAGUGAUCUUGAUCGAGGGUGACGCAGAGCCUCGCAAGAGUAAGGAGGAUUCGGAGACCAAAACGGCCCAGGAAGCCCCUUCCAAAACUCGUUCUGUUCGCACUGCGGUCUUCAGCAGCCCACUGAUGCGGCGAGUGGAAGGCCUCAUUGAACAACAUGCGCACAGCAGUCACUUCAUCAAGGAGGUCAGAAGAUAUUCGCAGAGCCUGAAUCUGGGUCGAGAGGUAGAAUUGGUCUUUCUGAUGUUGAGUGCCACUGUUGCCUCUGGGAUCAUGAAGACUUGCCGCACGCCGGAUGUUCAAUUCCUUCUGCAGCAGGUACGGGCAGUGAACCCAACGGUCGCAGACCUGGGGCACGAAUUGCUGCUUCAAAGGCAGAGAGAAUGGUAUGCCUACCAAUGGCAGACCAUGGCAGGAGGCUAUCCUGCUUGGGGUUGGCCCGGAGCGCCAGGGUACUACCCACAGGUAAGACCAAAGAAGUCCAAGAAAGAGAAGAAAGCUAGAAAGGAUAAGAAAGACAAGAAGAAGACAAAGGGAACAAAGCGCAAAGCCUCCAGAACUCAGUUCGCAUCUCCACACAAUCAUGUCCCUCAUCACCUUCGGUGCGGAAGCGAAGAAGUUGCAGCGAAGCGCUCCAGCAGUGAGUCGACUUCAAAUCGUGCCGCCCGAGUGGCUGACGGUGAUGUCAAAGCUGCAGGACCUUCUCCAAAGCGGCCAACGCCAGAGAGGAAGGAAGAGCUUGGCAAAGGUGCACAAGAUGCUGAUCUUCUUGCCUCCUUCCAAGCUCGCUUUGAUGCUUUGCUGAAAGACUCCAAGGACGGAUCAGGCGUCCCUCCGGUGGCUGAGCAGUCGACCGAUACCUCACCAUCCCCAGCGGCGAGGUCCGACUGUGAGGCGAGCACUCGAGCGGUCGAAACUCCAGGUCGAGCCUCCAAGAGCGGCGGUUCCGGGGUGCAGGAUUCCUUGGAGGCGGAUGAGAUGUACAACUGGCUGAAGAAAAUUGAUGGAAAGGGAGCCCUUCUGCAGUACAUGCCAAAGCUGAAAGAACGGUACCAUGACCUUCAGCAAUUGAAGACGGCCAGGCUUGAUUCUGCAGAGGCCAAACCGGGCUACCUUGGGGGCAUCAAGCCUGAGCUGUGGGAGGCGUGUGGCAUUGCCCGCAUGGGACAUCGCUUGCUUUUUGCCAAAGCCAUUCUAGCUUUGUGACCUGUGCGCUCCCUUUCGAAGGCGCGAGAAGAAAAAUAGCAGCGCCGUCGGAUACAAGUGAUUCCCGUUGAUGGGACAAGUAAGGCCAAGCUGUCAUGCACCCUCCCUGUGAGUUUGGUGUGUCCGUAGGCCUCGAAGCGAGAACGACCUUAGUCUGUUCGGUGACGGGUGACCAGAGCUCUUGCCCUGGUGUACCAUGCAGACCUACCAUGUUGAUACAACUCUUGUGGGGCUUAGUGUGCGCCAGUCCACCUGGCUUUGCAA